AUGGAAUUCAAGAGUUUGAAUUUGUUGAACCUACUGCAAUCUUGCAUAACCAACAGAUCUCUAUUAUCCGCCAAAAUCAUCCACGCUCAAGUUUUCCGCUUCACCCUUUUCUCCGACACUUUUCUCUCUAAUCGCCUCGUCGAGCUAUAUUCCAAGUGCAAUGACAUCACUUCCGCACACCACGUGUUCGACAAAAUUCCUCACAAAAACAUCUUCUCCUUUAAUGCCAUCUUAUCAGCUUAUUGCAAAUCCAACAAUUUGCAAAAUGCCUGUCGUUUAUUCCUUCAAAUGCCAGAAAGAAACACGGUGUCGUUGAACACUAUAAUCACCAGCAUGGUUCGAAAUGGAUAUGAAAGACAGGCACUUGAUACUUAUGAUUCAAUGAUGGUACAUGAAUCGGUUAAACCUUCUCAUAUAACAUUUGCUACUGUUUUUAGUGCUUGUGGUGGUUUGUUAGAUGCAAAUUGUGGUAGAAGAAAUCAUGGGGUUGUGCUUAAAGUUGGUCUUGAUAGUAAUAUUUAUGUGGCUAAUGCUCUUUUGUGUAUGUAUUCUAAGUGUGGCUUAAAUGUGGAUGCUUUUCAUGUUUUUGAAGAUAUUCGGGAACCUAAUGAGGUUACUUUUACUACAAUGAUGGGUGGGUUAUCACAAACAAAUCAAGUCAUGGAAGCUUUGGAAUUGUUUAGACUCAUGUUGAGAAAAGGGAUUCGUGUUGAUUCGGUCUCCUUAUCAACCAUCUUGGGUAUAUGUGCGAAAGGAGUAUCUUUUGAUGUGUGUGAUGAUAGUCAUGGUUUUUCGACUAAUGCACAAGGAAAAAAUAUACAUACUCUCGCGAUUAAAGUUGGGUUUGAGAGAGACCUUCAUUUGUGCAAUUCUUUGCUUGAUAUGUAUGCUAAAACUGGGGAUAUGGAUGAUGCAGAAAAUGUUUUUGUUAAUUUGGAUAAGCAUAGUGUUGUUUCUUGGAAUAUAAUGAUAUCUGGGUAUGGGAACAGAUGCGACACUGAGAAAGUUGUUGAGUGUUUUCAGAGGAUGCAGUGUUGUGGAUAUGAACCAGAUGAUGUUACUUAUAUUAAUAUGUUGACGGCGUGUGUUAAAUCUGGGGAUGUUAAAAUUGGGCGUCAAAUAUUUGACUGCAUGCCGUGCCCGAGUUUGAUUUCAUGGAAUGCCAUACUUUCGGGCUAUAACCAGAGUGCAGAUCAUGGAGAGGCAGUUGAACUGUUUAGAAAGAUGCAGUUUCAGUGGCAGCACCCUGAUAGGACAACUUUGGCUAUUAUUCUCAGUUCAUGUGCUGAAUUGGGACUUCUCAAGGCUGGAAAACAGGUUCAUGCAGUUUCCCAGAAGCUUGGAUUUUAUGAUGAUGUGUAUGUUGGCAGUAGCCUUAUUAAUGUCUACUCAAAAUGUGGGAAAAUGGAGUUGUCUAAGCAUGUAUUCAGUAAAUUUUCUGAACAAGAUGUUGUUUGUUGGAACUCAAUGAUAGCAGGGUUCUCAACCAAUUCUCUUGAGCAAGAUGCUUUGGCUUUCUUUAAGCGGAUGAGACAAUUUGGUUUCUCUCCUACUGAGUUUUCUUUUGCCACCAUAGUGAGCUCUUGUGCGAAGCUUUCCUCUUUGUUUCAAGGACAACAAAUCCAUGCUCAAAUCAUAAAAGAUGGUUAUGUAGAUGAUGUAUUUGUAGGGAGUUCUCUUACAGAAAUGUAUUGUAAAUGUGGGGAUGUAGGUGCAGCCAGAUGUUAUUUUGAUAUGAUGCCCAGUAAAAAUAUUGUUACUUGGAAUGAAAUGAUACACGGUUAUGCACAGAAUGGAUAUGGUCACGAGGCUGUAUGCCUUUAUAAGGAGAUGAUUUCAUGUGGUGAAAAACCUGAUGAUAUUACAUUUGUUGCUGUUUUAACUGCUUGUAGCCACUCGGCUUUGGUGGAUGAAGGGGUUGAAAUAUUCAAUGCAAUGCUACAAAAAUUCGAAGUGGUGCCAAUGUUGGAUCAUUAUACAUGCAUCAUAGAUUGUCUGGGACGAGCAGGGAGGUUUCAUGAAGUAGAAGUCAUUCUAGAUACUAUGCCGUAUAAAGAUGACACAAUUGUAUGGGAGGUUGUAUUAAGCUCAUGCCGUGUUCAUGCUAACUUGAGCUUAGCAAAAAGAGCAGCUGAGGAACUCUAUCGACUGAAUCCUCAAAAUUCCGCGCCUUAUGUGCUUCUUGCCAACAUGUAUUCUUCUAUGGGAAGAUGGGAUGAUGCACAUGUUGUUAGAGAUUUGAUGAGCGAUAACAAGGUACAUAAAGGUCCUGGUUAUAGCCGGAGCGAGUUCAAGUAUGAUGUGCAAAGCACUCUGUAA